AUGCGUGUCUCCUGGUCCGGAACAUUCAUUUUUUCCCUGUUGGUGGGGUAUUCCGCCGCACAAGAGUCCGGGGAGUCUUCCGCACACCCCAAAUACGAUUAUCAGAGUGAUGUCGCUCGCAUGCGAAAGAUAGUCAUUGACAGUCUUUACUCUCAUAAAGACAUUUUCCUACGGGAAUUAGUGUCGAAUGCGAACGAUGCUAACGAAAAACUCCGUCUCACGGCUUUGAAGGAUAAGACGGUGUGGAACGGUGUCGACCCCCUCAACAUCACAAUUAAGCCCAUUAAAGAUGAAGAGGGUACUGGUGGACGUAUUAUUAUUAGCGAUACCGGAAUCGGAAUGUCAUCCGAGGAAUUGAGGGCAAACUUGGGCACACUGGCGAAAUCCGGUACUUCAGAAUUCCUCGCGCAAGCAGACGGUGCAGAAGGCGGCAACAAAGGAAACCUUAUUGGAGCAUUCGGUUUGGGCUUUUAUUCGUCUUUCCUCGUCGCCGAUCGGGUCCGAGUUUCUUCCAUUCCCCCAAGAUCUGAGAAGAACCCUAAUCCUGUUCAACAUGUCUUCUAUUCUUCUGCUGAGGAUAAUUCGUUUGAGGUCUACCCAGACCCUCGUGGUAAUACGCUGGGAAGGGGCACAGAGAUCACUCUUCAUCUCAAGGAAGAUGCUGCAGAGUAUCUUGACAAUUCCCGAAUCAGUACGCUCGUCGAGAAACACUCGUCUUAUUCCACUGUCUUCCCCAUCUACUUAUUCAACCAGAAGACGAUAGAAGUUCCAGAUGAAGAGGCCGAAGCAGAAGCCAAAAAGGCGAGCGAACAGAGAGAGAAAGAAGAGAAAGAGAAGAAAGAGGCCGCUGAGUCUGCGCCCGAGAAGGAUGAGGACGAGGCACUCGUUGAAGAAGAGGAUGAGGAAAAGCAGGAAAAGGAGGUGCAACCCCCCAAAAUGAAGCCUGUUGUUGUCGAUGAAUGGCUUCACCUCAAUUCUCGUCCUGCCAUCUGGAUGCGUGAUCCAAAAGAUGUUACUGACGAGGAUUACAAGCUGUUUUACUCUUCUUUCUUCAAAGAUGGAGAUGAACCGAUGAAUUGGCAACACUUCACCGCAGAAACCUCCGGAGUAUCCUUCAAGGCUAUCAUUUACAUACCAAGCAAAAUAGAGGAGACGUAUUGGCAACAACCUCUACAAUAUCAAGCCAAGGAUGUCAAGAUCAUGAGCAAGGGUGUGUUCAUCACCAAUGACCUUGGUGAGGAAGGUCAACUACCCAAGUGGGCCGCAUGGGUCAAAGUUGUUGUGGACGCCGAUGAUCUGCCUCUGAUGGUUUCCCGAGAGACCCUCCAAUCUUCUCGAUUCCUUAAGCAGCUGAAAGGAGUUCUUUUAAAGCGUAUUAUGGGAAUGUUCAGCAAAUUAACGGAGGAAGAGGACAAAGAGAAAUUUGAAGCAUUCCACACAGUUUUUAAAACCGUUCUGAAGCUCGGUGCCGUUGAGGACGUGAAAAAUCGGGACAAGCUCUCGUCGCUGGCUCGCUUCCACACGAACUUCCGGAAUCUGACCUCUCUUGAUCAGUAUCUCGAAAAUAGGAAGCAAGGUCAAAAACAAAUAUUUUACUUGUCUGAGAUAGGCAAAGAGCCCGAAGAAAUGUCCGAGAGUGUUUUCGUGGAAAAACUCCACGCUCGAGGUUAUGAAGUUCUUCUUCUGAACGAACCCCUCGAUGAAAUAUUCGUUCAGAACAUUCGCAACUGGAAGAACAUCCCUUUCCAAGAUGUAGCAAAAGUCGGACUAAAGUUCGGUGAUGAAGCACUUGCGGAAAAAGACGAAAAGGAGCAACAGAAAAUGUAUGAAAAGAAGUUCAAGCCACUGAUGGACUAUCUUAGGCGAAAGGCGUUUAAGGUUGUCCGCGACGUUGUGAUAUCCAACCGUUUAGUGACAAGUCCGGUCGCCGUAGUCGCUGAUUACCAUGGCUAUACAGCCAAUGUUCAGCGUAUGAUGAGUGCUUCUCAUGCUAAAGCUGGGAAGGGCUACCUACACGAAUUUGCCAUGAAAGCGAAAUUGCUCGAAAUAAAUCCUCGCUCCCCUCUUAUCGAGGGUUUGCUGAAGCUUGUUGAACAACUACCGCAGCAGGAAGAUGAGGAGUCGGGGUCGGAGUCGGGUUCGACAACAGAUCUUGAAACCGAAGAAGAGCUAGAUCAGGUUAUCUCGAUUCUGAUAGACGGCGCUCUGGUUCGCUCUGGGUUCGAAGUGCCAAAUACGAACAGGUUCUUCAACCGAGUUGACCGUGUCUUGAGACGAUCACUGGGGGUUUCCGAAACUGCAGAGACACCCUCUGAUGUCAAACCCGCACCGCCCGUAGAUCCUAAUUUACCGACUGAGGAAGAGAUGGAAGAGCCAUUUGAGCUUCCGGAGGACGAUGAUGGAAAGGCAAAAGUUAUUGUUCCUCCUCAUCUCCAGGGUGAAAUGAACAUUGAAAUGGAAGAAAUUGAUGAGGAAGGAAACCCUGUUGUUCAACACGAUGAACUGUAA